AUGUUAGAAGACUUAAUUUUAUUAACCACUGACUGCAGGAGUCGUGAGUUCCUAUGGCAGGAAGGGCACACUGCUUUUGCUACUAAGGAUGAAGCAGAUACAGAGGUUCUUGAGAUAUUGGAACUGUAUAGACGCAUAUAUGAAGAAUACCUGGUGAUUCCUGUUAUUAAGGGCAAGAAGAGUGAGAUGGAGAAGUUUGCUGGUGGUCUUUACACCACAAGCGUUGAGGCAUUUAUCCCAAACACUGGUCGUGGUAUUCAAGGUGCGACUUCACAUUGUUUGGGUCAAAAUUUUGCAAAAUUGUUUGAAAUCAACUUUGAAAAUGAAAAGGGGGAGAAAGCUAUGGUCUGGCAAAAUUCGUGGGCCUAUAGUACCAGAACGAUUGGUGUGAUGGUUAUGGUUCACGGUGAUGACAAGGGAUUGGUGAUGCCUCUCCAAGUUGCAUCAAUUCAAGUCAUUAUAGUUCCUGUUCCCUACAAAGAUGCAGACACUCAAGGAAUUUUUUAUGCUUGUUCUGCCACUUCGGAUAUGUUGUCCAAAGCAGGAAUUCGUGCAGAGGUAGACAUUGGGGAGAACUAUUCUCCUGGAUGGAAAUACUCCCACUGGGAGAUGAAAGGUGUUCCACUCAGGAUUGAAAUAGGGCCCAAGGACUUAGCAAACAAUCAGGUACGCGCAGUUCGCCGUGAUAAUUCUGCAAAGAAGGACAUACCCAACCCUUCACUCUUGUUCAUAGUGAUGUCUGGGGACCAUCCAAGAUAACAACCUCAUCUGAAAAACGGUGG